AUGCUGAGGGAAUUCCCGGAUCCUGUCACGGGCUUCCCACUUCGUUGGGAGGCCGCCAAGGAAGGUUCGGCCAUCAGUCAUUCCGAGCACCCUCAUGUUGCCGACCAAGCCGAGCUGAGCCGUUAUCAGGCCAAGCGUGUGGCAGCGAGACGUGCAGGCUCAACGUAUGCCUUCGACUUGCCUGGCAUGCUGAAGCUGGCAUUGACCAUGAAGUGGAUCGCAGCCACGAGCGGCAGCUCGUAG